UUAUUUGCAGAUAAUUCGAUAAGUCUUUCGAGCCGGUAUAUAAGCAUUUGCGACACCUGAUUCGCACUUUCGUGGUGAGUUUUCGACAAGAAAAAUUGCGAUAUGAUACAGAAAAAAGCAUCGAUUUUCCUGGCGCUGCUGGCGCUCCUGCAGGGCGUGGCCUCGCUGUCGGCCUACGCCGACGAGGACGGCGACAUCCUGCGCCCCUUCGUCAGCAACUCCCAGAAGCGCAGGAUAUGCGUGGAGCUGUGCCUGUCGGGGCUGGGCGGUUCGGCGUGCGGCGACGAGUGUGCCGACAUCACGCCGACCAACCUGCCCGUCCAGUCGGUCGAGGCGUCCGUGAGGGCCGGCAAGGCGGCCGGCUCGCCGCAGAAGAGCCCCAACAUCACGCGCGACGCCUCCUGCGACGUGCUGUGCCUCAACGGCCUCGGCCAGCCCUUGUGCACCUGCGACACGAGCGCGACUUCCAGCCGCCGGAGCGAGGCCAAUUUCCUCGAAAUCUGCAGUUUCUUCUGCGUCACGUACAACUACAGGAUAAGCGGUUGCCAGAAAUGUUCGAUUUAUAGGUCGUUGGUGCCGGGGAAUCGUAAUUUGGCGGUUUACACGAGAUUCGAGACCACCUUCGACUGGGAGAGCUGGUGCUUGGAGCAGUGCGGCAGAGGCAACGGCGGGGCGGCGUGCAAUUGCGACCGGCUGCCGCUGUAAUUGUAAUGAUGGAGCGUUGGUCGAUCGUAGCGCGAAAUUCGUCAU